AUGUCCAAACCCUUACGUACAAAGACACCGACCUUUCGGUUCAAUCGCAAUGAAGACGAUCUGCUCGAAGAAGUGCUCGAAUCCAACGACACCUUCAAUGAAGUGAAAGACGAGUCAUCCCUGGAUCUGAUGAAUGAGUCGAUCAGUUCUGUGGACACAUCUGUCGCUGAUCUCAAUGCCAGUCAUUUGAGUGGUUCGGGUGUGAGUCGCGAGCGGCCGACAGUCAAAGACUUCAUCACCGCUCGACUCAACAAAACAAAGAGUUUGGACGAAGAGAGUGGCAGAGAGACGGGAAUCACUUCCAAUUGGUUUAAUGAUAUCAAAGGCAAGAUUAAGGAGAAGAUCGACGAAAGGAAACGCGAGAAAGAGUUGAGACAGACGUCGGGCGCCACCGAUCCGAUGGACACGAAAACCUAUGAAACUGAUAGUCAAACAAAAGACCCGUUGAUUAAGAAUAUAAUUAAUGAUACCAUCGAUGAGAGCAAUGGACACAAAAUAAACGAAUUAUCCGUUGAUUACGCGGACGAGUCGUUUGUCUCGGCGAUGGACUACUCUUUAGCACAAAACCAAAUCCCCGAACAGAUUGAUAGCAAACCAAAGAUUAGCGAAUCGAUUGUCUCGAAUGAGUCCAAUGAAGACAUUGAUUUCAAUCUGCAGCCAGACAUCGAAGAAUCGCAACAAUUGUGGAGUUAUAGCCAAAUAUUUAACAUAACAGCCCUUAUAAUAGCAUUGAUAUCGUUGGUUAUAUCGCUAUCAUUGCCGGUCCACUCAUUUAUAAGCGGCCUAUUGUUUGGAUCCGUAUUAACUCUCGUAGUGUUUUCAGUGAUAUUUGUUUACAUUAUAUCCAAUUAUAUGGUGGUUAAGACACCGAUUAGAAGAGAUUCAGCCAAAAGAGAUGUCCCUAUCGUUGAUGUUCCGAAAGAUGAAGAGAUCCAAAAGGGAUGGGUUUAUGAAUUGGUUGGCAAUUACGAGGAAAGGGAUUCUGGUUUUAAAGUUCAGUUGAUUUACCUCCGCCUUCAAGACUCUAAUCUGAGACUUUCAAAGCCUAAACACAUGAUUAAGAAGAAUAAAUUGAACUCAAACUCAUUGCCAGUAUUUAUAUCCCAGAGAUUCUUUGAUUUAUCGAAAAUAUCACAUAAGAAAGUGUAUCUCCUUUUGCCGAAGAGUGUCCGCAAUCAGAAGAAGUACGUGUUUAGCAAGAAAUACCCCAUUUGUCUCGAAUUAGAAGAUAUCAAGACUAAGAGUAUAACUAAACUGAUUUUAUUUAUCCGUAACUGUCGUGAGAAAGAGGAAUGGUUUUGGAAAUUGAGACAAAAGAUUCAACAGAAUUUGUAUCCAUCGGUAUCGAUGGGGGCAUUGAGUCCCCCGCCGACGCCCGUCGAAGCCUCAGACGUAAUGACUGCUGAGAUUGAAUCCCUUCCGCGAUCCCAUUCCUUAGAUCUCGGAUCCAUACAAAGCGCUACAACUUGUUCUUCGAAUUCAAAUUCACCCACAAGUCCUUCAAAAGAGCUGUUAAUUCUCUCCAAACAAUUAGAUUAUAACUUAUUUAUGGAUAAAUUAAUGGCUUUUAAGUCGUCGUCUGACGACACGUCUUCCCUGUCGUGGUUUAACGCACUGAUCGGUCGCAUCUGUUAUGAUAUAUUGAAUGAGCAGUUUUGGUCGACUUAUAUCGCCGCCAAAAUCCAGAGAAAACUGCGGCGAUUAAGACUUCCAUAUUUCAUGGAGUCGUUGACUAUCACCGAAAUAGAUGUGGGAAACACUUUACCCAAAUUCAAUUCAAUCCCUAACCCACCACUCGUUGAUAAGAGAGGUCUUUGGAUUGAUUUCGAUAUCACUUAUUCCGGCGGUUUUACAAUGACUUUGGAAACCAAACUAAAUCUAAUGAAACUUAAAGAACAGGCGAAUGGCUCUCAAGAGAUGAAGAGUUUUGCCGAGAGAUCUGAAUUGGAUCUGUCGGACAACGAGAGCGACUCAAUAAUGACCAGUUCUGAUGAAGAGAUGGAAGACAAGCCGCCCGUAGAUCCAGAAGACGCCGACACCACCAAAAAGCAACAGAAGAUUCUCAAGUUUGUCGACAAAAUCGCUUCGUCGCAGUAUUUCCAGAAAGUGGCCGAAAACAAGUACGUGAAGCGGGCCAUGGAAGGGGUGUCCAAAACAGCACUUAUACUAACUGUUCAAAUACAGACACUUAACGGGACAUUAGCGAUUAAUAUCCCGGAGCCGCCGACCGAUCGUCUGUGGUAUGGCUUUCGAGGCAAUCCCGAUCUAGUCCUGUCCGCCCGACCCAAGUUAGGCGAACACGAAGUCAGUAUAAGUCAUGUGACGGAUAUAAUUGAGCGCAAACUGCGCGCAGAGUUCGCUAAAGUGUUGGUUAUGCCUAAUAUGGAUGACUUGGUUUUACCGGUUCUGAUGGCAAAUAUCGAUCAAUUCAUUACAGUUGUGCCUUAAGCUCCUCUAUUGCCCACUCUUUUUCCAUUUCUUGUCACUGUUUAUCUAAAAACAAAGCUUUUUAUAAGAGUUCUUAUUGUGGAGUUUAGUUGAG